GUUUUCCAAUUUUUUCAUUUCGUUUAAUUUUAAUUACGUUUGAAACAUUUAACUUACUUUUUAAUUGUAAUUGUUUUCAUUUUAUUUAUAUUGUGAAAAUGUCCAAAUUGAUUAGACUUCCGAGUAGAUUGUUGAAUAUAGCAGGUGGUUGUCGUGUUAAUGGUAAAGCCUCUUUUUCUGGUUCCGUUAAACUGGUCAAGUCAAAUUGUGGUAAAUCUUUAAUUGAUUGUGGACACUUGAAAAUGUUCAUUAAACCAACUAUUUCUGGUUGUAAUUUGAAUCAUUUUUCAACCCAAUCAAGUGAUCCUAAGAAUAUUCUUAAUCCUGAUGAAAGAAUCACUGUCUCUGAAUAUAAAAAAAUUGUCGAUUCUGGAGAAAAACAUUUACUGAUUGAUGUUCGUCCUGCUGAAGAUGCUGAUGUUGUUAAAUUGGACCAAGCAAUUAAUUUACCCCUUAAAAAGCUUCUACAUGAGGAAGGAUUGAAACAUUUCGAAAAAUUGUCUGAACAAAUCAUUAAAGACGGAGGAAAGGUCUACGUUAUGUGUCGAAAAGGAAUAGCAUCGCAAAUUGCUGUUAAAUACUUGAAGGAAAAAACAUCAGAAAAUGUGGAAAUCAAAGAUAUCGUUGGUGGAUUAACUGCUUGGUCUAAAGAAAUUGAUUCUUCAAUUAGGAUUGAUUAAUCUCCACGAUUGUAAAUAGUCAUUCAAUACAAUAUUACUAAGAAGGAGAGAGAGAGAGAGAGAGAUGUGAAAGUGAAUCAAUUUAUUUUAUUGUUUACAGUUAUUGUAAUUUAUCAUUAUUGGAAGAUUGCUGAUGAUUAGAUUGAUUGUUACCAUCAUCCUCCGAACAGCAAUAACAAUUACUCGCUGACGAUGUUGAGACUGACAUUUUAUUCCAAUAUUCAAUUAACGAUUUAACUCUGAAUGAAUGUUUCUUAAAAUGUUC